GCAGAAAAAAAAAAAAAGAUCUAAAGAAAAAGACCCAUGAAUCUUCUUACUAUUUUGCCAUCAGCAGAAAAUGGCAUGUCAGGAGGCAAACUUGAAGAUUCACAUUAAGUGAAGGGAGGACACUUACUGAAGUGUAUUAAUGUAAUACCUGUAUCUUAUCAAAGAACCCAAAGAUUAAACCAUCUAACUCUUAAAAGUAUUAAAAACAUGCAAAAUAGAGCCAGCAAUAUAAGUUUGGAGGAGCACCAAGAUACUUAUUUCCAUAUAUAGAUGCCAUUUCUAUAUCAUCUCCCACAGACUUAAAGAUGCAUUCCAUUUGUUCAAUCCAUGUUUAAUGCGCAACCACUUAAUGCAAGAAAACUUUAUGUGUUAAAAUAUUGAAACCUCUCAAGAAACCCGAGACGUAGGUAUGGAUGGCUUCAUUUCACAAGGGGCGAAACGGAGCCUCAGAGACGUUGACUGGCGCACCCUCCUCCACACAGAGUUGACACUUGAAGAAAAGGUGCCUCUAACGUGGAAGCCCCUGCUCUGCUUAGUACAACACAGUGUCUCCCAGUCUCCCCGCUCAUCGGGGUCAGAAGGUAAGGAUUAGAGCGGCUUCGGCUUCUGUCUCCACGCCCACGUCAUUGUGAGCUGGCUGUUCGGCCGUUGGCGCCCCCACGGCUCGGUGACCACAGCGGUGACCACGCGCCCCCACGGCUCGGUGACCACGGCGGUGACCACGGUGGUGACCACGGCUCGGAGACAUGGCAGCGAUGAUUGCGCUGUGGCGGAAGGCAUGGGACUACGUGAAGACCAAGGAGUUUCGGGAUUAUGUGACCAGCACACACCUUUGGGGUCCCGUAUUCAACUGGGGCCUGCCGCUGGCUGCCUUUAAGGACAUGAAGGCGUCCCCGGAGAUCAUCAGCGGCCGCAUGACCACGGCGCUCAUCUUCUACUCGCUGGCCUUCAUGCGCUUCGCUUACCGCGUGCAGCCUCGCAACCGGCUGCUGAUGGCCUGCCACGGCACCAACGUGGUGGCGCAGAGUGUGCAGGGCAGCCGCCUGCUCAUCCACCGCUACAGCGGCGUGAAGGCGGCUGCUGACACCGACACUGACACCAACACCGACACCAAAGCCGACACCGACACCACGGAGUGCGAGAGCGAGUACCUCUGCGACCCUGGGGAUUGCUGCUUCUAGGUGGCCGCCAGCCCCCACCUGCAGGCCCCGACAUGAGAUUGAUUCAUAAAGGCUGAGACGGCCCUGUCGAAUCUUGGCAGCUUGCCAGCUCCCAACUGUUAUUCUUCCGAAAGACGAAUAAAACUUUGGGUUUGACUCUAAGAUAGUGCAAAUCUCAUUUAAACCUGCAGGUUGGUUAAUAAAAAAUAGAAAGUAGCACAGAAAAAAAAAUAGAGAAAAAGAUAAGGAUUUGAAUAUCAAUUGUGUAAUUGUGGUGUGUGCUUUUUUGUUGUUUGUGGGUUUUUGUUUUUUUUUAAGUGUGCCACUGGAACUAUAGUUCUAAGCAGGCAAGAACUUUUAGGUGUACUCUAUGGCCCCAAAUAACUCCUCAAUAAACUUUGGUUGGAUAAAUACCUGGAAUAUAAGAAGCUAUAUGUGAUCCCCAACUCUGUGCAGUUGAUGUCAAAACCUGUACUAUAUGGAAUUAAGAGAAGGUAGGGAGGAGAUUAGGAAUUAGGUCCGGGGGACAUGCUGGUUGGGAGCACUGAGCAGGGAGGACAAUGAGGAGGACUUGGCAUGCAUACUCUAGUGAAGGCAAGGAGCUGGCAAGGUAGACCAGGUGGCUUGAACCAUCCCUCCACGUGGCCAAGAGAAAACAACAUCAAGGGGGAUCUGCAGCCCAGUUUCACGGGGCCCUGAACAGUGGGUUGACAUUAUCCUGUAGGAGCUGGAGGGUGGGACUAAGGACAGAGAGAGGAAUUUAAUGGCCAUUCAGAGCUUCUUUCUUUGACCCGCUGGGCUUCAGUGUUGUGCGUCUCCAUAAGCCAGGAACGCUGGCUUUGCAUUCUAUCAGUACACAUGCUCGGUACCAUCUAGAAAUACAGAGACAUGGAACUAUGGAAAUGUCUUCAAAGAAACUCGCAAGGCAGGGGUUUCCUUACCCCCUGCAGAGACAUCUUCUGUCCAAGGGGAAGGAUUCCUUGUCAUGAUUUAUGAUGCAGUGUUUCUGAGGAAGGACUGACUGAGAGAUCAGACCGCCAGAAUUCCGUGGGACAAUGCCUGCCCAGGGGGCUGUGCUGGGCCCGCGGCUGUUUUCACAUUCACAGAGGUGCCGCCCUCUUUGCUUGCAGGGGUGUUGUGGCAGUUUCUGCAGGAGCUUUGCAGGGCUCCAGGGCUGGCACUUCUUGAGAGGAAGUGUUAUCUUUGUGAGAACGCAGGAGGCUGCGCUGACUAUGCAGAACACAGGGAGCGAAAUCCUGAACACUGAUUCGUUUUGAUCUGUUUGCAGGCAUGUGUCUUAGGGCGUUGAAUGCCGCUUAGCUGGGAUAUUCUGGGCUAAGUAGUGGUUACAAAAUGGGCUGUGACAUUUACCUACGUUAUUUGCAUGUCUCUUCUAGCUUAAUAAAAAUAAAGUCCU